AUGGCCCAAGAUUGGAAAAACACAAUUUUGCAACGCAUGAAACAGAGGAACGUUGCACAGAGCCAGAGAUACGAACAAGUACUAACCUCGUACAACGCCCUAGUGGAUGAAAAAAACAAACUGACAGCCAUCAUUGCAUCGUUUACAUCAGAAAAUGUUUUCAUGCUUAAUGGUAAACAUUUAAGCUUCUCACUUUCCAGGCGAGAAAAUUCCAUUCCGAACCUUUUGAAUCACUGCUAUGCGCAGCGUGAGGAUUACGGUGGGGAUAAUUUGACACAUCGGGACAUGUCACUUAGCGUAGCAUCGGGGAAUGAUGCCACCACGGAAGGAUCCCCAGGGGAGGCGACAACCCCGUCAGGAGCUACGGCCAAGACGCAGGACAGACUGACAAACGGACUCUCCAAAAGAGAAUUGCUCCAAGUCAUUAAGGAAAAAGCCAAAGCAGACCAACUGAUACUUCUUCUAAAAAACGACAUAAAUGAAAAAAAAAAAGUUCUCAGCAUUUUAAACAAACACAAUAAAACUUUGAAUGACACACUCGUAAAAAAGGAACAGCAGCUCAAUGACAAAAAGGAAAAGUUGUCUAAGCUGCAAAAUGUCAUUAGUAGACAAGAGAAGGAAAUAAAAUUAUACGCCACUUGUAACGUAUCACUUAAGAGGAAAAUAAAAUGGAGCCAAAAGAAAAAGCAAAAAGUGAUUAACGAAUUUGACGCAAUCAGACUUUCCUAUUUCAAAAUAUGGAAAGAAGCAUUCCAACUCAAAAAGUGCAAAAAGAAUCUCGAGAAGGAUUACUUUGCCAUCAGAAAUGAAUUAUUACAGAAAAAAAUCGAAAAUGAAAAACUCCUUCAAUGCUUAUUAAAAAUUAAGAAAGAAUACAGACGUCACCUGAUCAAGGUGCACACAUUGGUGCGACAACGUAAUGCCAAUUAUUCCCUCCUUUCAGAGAAGAAUCCAACACAUAAAAGAAGGUUCCCUAAAAGACAUAAGUUCUUUUUAACCCUGUACUGGGACAAACUGCACUACAUGUAUAACUAUGGGGAACCCCCUUGGGCGAAUGCACACCAUUCGCAGCGUAAAAACAACGUUCUUGCAAAGAAGAGAAACAAUUUGUUAGUCGUACCGAGUAGAAGUAGCCAUGCUGAAAAGCCGCCUAUCCGUCAGGACAUUCCCCAGGUGGAGAAGUCCCAAUGGGGGGAAAACGCACCUGCACCAGAAGCACCACAUGCAAGUGGCAAAAACAAAUACAGCGUCUUACGAGAGCAUGUGCAGGUUGCACACAAGAAGGGUUCCUUUCUUCAAAACGGUCGGGGAGACUACAACCACCUCGGGGCUAUCAGUCUCGGAAAUAGCUGCCAUAGCAACGGAAGGUACCAAACCGUGUCAAAUGAUCCAACUCAAUUCGUUAGCAACGGUUUACGUAGACCCCGUUUCCACAAGAUAAAGGGGUACCUAAGUGUUCACACGAGCAGUAGUGUCCUCUGCUUUAGCGCCUUCCCCGGAACAUGUCCCCAGGUUGAUUCACACAAAUAUGUGAAGCAAAAAUGGGGGAGAAGGCAGCGCACUUGUUCCUCGGACAAGGAGAACCAAUUGGACUCAUCAGGUUUGGCAAACCAUGGUGAGAGUGGAACCUCUCUACUUCCUCACAAUAACGACUGCGACAGUGAUUUGGACAUGCUUAGCAGCGUUGGUAGCGAUGGAGACUAUUCCGAGUUGAGGGACCCCCGUCUGGCCGUCUUGCCUACAGCAUGGCUUCCUCACCCCACAGAUACACACCCGCAUAACGCGCUCGUCACCUGCGCAGAGGACGGAAGCAUCGCAUUUGUAAAGAUCAAAAAAGAGAAGAUGACCUGCAUUAAACGUUUCCAAAUAGGCGACCAGAAAAUCGCAGCGACCAAUGUGUGCGUACACCCCACCAGCAAACAUUCCUUACUCUCCCUAACAAACAAUACCAUCUGCUUAAUAAAUAACGGAAGCGGCCAAAUUGAAAAUUGGUACCACUCACAUGACGAAAAAAUAACAUCAAUUAAUUUUUUGCACCAUCUGAGCUACGCAGACGAGCUGCCCCCAAGUGGCUCCCCAGCAGACAGCCCUUUUUUUUACUCGACCAGUUUAGACAAAACGGUAAAAUUAUUCCAUUUGGAAAGAGGAAGUCUCUACAGCUUACUUCGCGUAAACGAUGCAGUUACCUGUUCGUGCAAAUCAAACAAGCAGCCACUUGUCCUGAUUGGAACGCGCUCAGGUUCAAUCAUAUGUUACGAUCUAAGAAUCCACAACAGAGGCGUAACCCAGUCAGCACUAUAUCAAAAGAACAUUUUUGACGAUGAAAUUUCCGGUGUCACUUACUCCCCAGAUGAUACACUAAUAGCAAUACAGUCCAUCGGGGGAAAAACCAAAUUGUUAAACGCAAAUAAAAUUAAUUUUUUUCAGUGCUUGGAAAGACCAGAUUUUUUGAAAAAUGAAAGUCCCACGUGCGCCCCUGUUUUCUCGGCUGAUGGGAACGAGUUGAUUUGCACCUUCCCCUACACCUUAAUUGCACACGAUGUCGUGACGCAUUCUUACGUCAGCUUUGUUAAUGACGAGCUUGCUCAGGUAAACGGGGCGCACUGGCUGUCGGGCGGCAAUCUGUGCACAAUUCACGCGGACGGGAACGUCGCCAUCUGGUGA